GGAGGUCUCGGCGGCCCUAGGAAAUGCUGGCGCGCGCGGCGUGGGGGACUGGGGGCCUUUUACUGAGGGGCUCUCUGCGGGCUCCGCGCCGCGCCUCCUCGGGAUUGCCCCGAAACACCGUGGUGCUGUUCGUGCCGCAGCAGGAGGCCUGGGUGGUGGAGCGAAUGGGCCGAUUCCACCGGAUCCUGGAGCCAGGCUUGAACAUCCUCAUCCCUAUCCUGGACCGGAUCCGAUAUGUGCAGAGUCUCAAGGAGAUUGUCAUCAACGUGCCCGAGCAGUCAGCCGUGACUCUGGACAACGUAACUCUGCAGAUCGAUGGAGUCCUCUACCUGCGCAUCAUGGACCCUUACAAGGCAAGCUAUGGUGUGGAAGACCCUGAAUACGCUGUCACCCAGCUAGCCCAGACCACCAUGAGAUCCGAACUGGGCAAACUCUCCCUGGACAAAGUCUUCCGGGAGCGGGAGUCCCUGAAUUCCAACAUCGUGGAUGCCAUCAACCAGGCUGCUGACUGCUGGGGCAUCCGCUGCCUCCGUUAUGAAAUCAAGGACAUCCACGUGCCGCCCAGGGUGAAAGAGUCCAUGCAGAUGCAGGUGGAGGCAGAGCGGCGGAAACGGGCCACAGUUCUAGAAUCUGAGGGGACCCGAGAGUCGGCCAUCAAUGUGGCAGAGGGGAAGAAGCAAGCCCAGAUCCUGGCAUCCGAGGCAGAAAAGGCUGAGCAAAUUAAUCAGGCAGCAGGAGAGGCCAAUGCAGUUCUAGCCAAGGCCAAGGCCAAGGCCGAAGCGAUUCGCAUCCUAGCUAUGGCUCUGACACAACAUAACGGAGAUGCAGCGGCCUCACUGACUGUGGCAGAGCAGUAUGUCAGCGCUUUCUCCAAACUGGCCAAGGACUCCAACACCAUCCUCCUGCCCUCCAAUCCCGGUGACGUCACCAGUAUGGUGGCCCAGGCUAUGGGUGUUUACGGAGCCCUCACCAAAGCCCCGGGACCAAGGGCCCAGGACCCGGCGUCCAGCGAAAGCAGCAGAGCGGCCCAGGCCACAGAUGAAACGCUCAGUGAGGAGCUUGAUCGAGUCAAGCUGGGUUAGUGAGCUGGCUGGGUUUGGCCAUACAUGGAGGCUGGGGACCAGGAAGUGGCUUUGGCUUUGGCCUUCCUGCCAAGAAUUUAGGUUUUUUUAUUAUUAUUAUUAUUUGAACUGUAAUCAUGUAAUAAACACACUAUGGCAAACCA